AUUAUCUUUAAGAUGUGAAUAUUUAUAAAUAUGUUUGCACUUAAUCACAGCAGAGUUCCAGUGUGAAUUUUCUAGUUUAUCAAAACAAAAAAGAAAUUUUAUUUUAAUGACACCACAUAAUGAAAUUAACUUCACGUCAUUACUGCUUCCUUGUAGGAUUCUUACACUUGAUGUUGAUUGUAUUACGUUUAUAUGAAAGGAUUUGGGAAUUAAUAGUUUUGGAAGAACCUAUUGUAAUACGAGAGCAAAUGUUUCUAUUUUUUUCGUAUAUCUUCCAAAUAGUUACUGUUUCGUUACUGAUUUAUGGAACUGCUAACGAGAAUCCAAAAUUCAGUAUACCAUGGCUACUAAUAACAACUCCUGCAUUCAUCAUAGUAACAUUAUAUGGACUAAAUGUUAUAUUUAAGGAAGAAGCAGGACAAGUUUUUUACAAUUUUUUAUCAAUGGGUGCUAUAUGGAUUAUGUGGUAUACAGUUUUGAAAUAUAAUAUUCAAAAAAGUCCUUUUUUUGAAAAAAUUAAAUACGUUAGAUUAAUUUCAAAAUAAUCGUUGAUAUAAGAAUUUGAAAUUAAUCACCAUGGAGAAGUAUAUUCUUCCUUCCAACAAUAUUUAUUUACCAAAGAAACCAGAAUUGUAGUUACCUUGUUUGUGAUAAAUAAAACGCAGAACUUCUU